AUGAACAAUUCUAAGGUGAGAAAAGAGAUAAUGGAUAGCAAAGAGAGAAUUCAAACGAUUGUCGAUUCCGGACAAGAAAGAUUUACUAAAUGGGAGAUACCGAACAUCCAAGGGUUUGAACCAAAGGAUUUCAUUGAAUUUUCAGAUUCAAUUGAUUAUAGACUGUACAAUUUACCAGCACCUUCAAUAAAUCUUGUUGAAAAUUGGGAAGGCGCUUCUUGGGACACGGCUAAAACAAUCAACAUCAGAAACCAUGUCAAGCAGCACAAAAUUGACGAAAGGACGCAGGAACCCACAGCUCAUCAAUCGCCGAAAAUAUUCUGGAAGCACCAACCAAAUGUUAAGAGAGGACAUUUCCUGGAAACCUUUUUCAUUCCCCCAACCCCCUAUAUGUGA